AUGAGCAUUUACCAGUUUCUCAUCGCCGUCCGCCAACGCGACGGGGAGACGCUGCAGAAUGAACAAGGCGAAACGACGAGCCAUCUGAUGGGAUUCUUCUACCGUACGAUUCGCAUGGUUGAAAAUGGCAUCAAACCGUGCUAUGUGUUUGAUGGCAAGCCUCCAGAGCUCAAGUCGGGCGUUCUUGCAAAACGCUUUGAACGUCGCGAAGAGGCGAAAGAGGAAGGAGAUGAGGCAAAGGAAGUUGGUACUACUGAGGAAGUCGAAAAGUUUUCGCGCAGACAAGUGCGCGUCACAAAGGAACACAAUGAGGAAUGUCGAAAGCUGCUCGGUCUUAUGGGCAUCCCUGUUGUUGUGGCACCUUCUGAAGCAGAAGCUCAGUGCGCUGAACUCGCUCGAGGAGGACUGGUCUAUGGCGCUGGCUCUGAAGACAUGGACACAUUGACGUUUAAUUCACCUAUCCUGCUUCGCCAUCUCACCUUUAGCGAAAAUAGAAAGGAGCCCAUUCUUGAAAUUUCUCUUCCGGCCGUUCUCGAAGGCCUCGAGAUGGAUAUGCCUCAGUUUGUCGAGCUUUGCAUUCUACUCGGUUGCGACUAUCUAGAACCCAUCAAGGGAGUCGGACCAAAGUCGGCCCUGAAACUCCUUCGCGAACACGGAUCGCUGGGCGCGGUUGUCGAGCAUUUGCGUUCAAAGCAGGCCAGCAGGGAGGAUGCCGAUGAAGAAGGCGAAGGAAAGAAGAAAAAGGGAGGAGUGCAUGUCCCAGAGGAGUGGCCAUGGGAAAGGGCAAAGGACCUGUUCCUCCAGCCAGAUGUUACACCAGCAGACUCGUUUGAGCUGGAAUGGAAGGCCCCAGAUCUCGACGGCCUGGUGCAGUUUCUGGUCACGGAAAAGGGAUUCAACGAGGACCGGGUUCGCAAAGGAGCGGAGAAAUUGACAAAGCACAUUGGUGCGAAACAGCAAGGACGGCUCGACAGCUUCUUCAAAGUCGCGCCAAAGGCGGUGCCUGAAAAGAAAGAAAAAGGAGCACCUGUUGGUGGGAAAGGGACCAAACGCAAGGCAGGUGAACAGGAUGCAAGCGGGUCCAAAAAGAAGCGAAAGUAG